GUACUUUAAAUCUACCUCUUACUAUAUGUGUCAUUUUAUUUCGUACAUAGUUAAGUACUACAAAAAUGUUAUCGCUAAAAUGAGUUGUUAUAAUUAGUAAUAGAAAUUUUGUAAUAAAAAAUUAAAUUGCUUUUGAUUAGAGUGCAAUUUGAUUGCAAGUAUUUCUAUUUCUCUGGCUCAGCACUUGCAAGUAAUCUCUUCAGCUUAAUUGAGUAAUCACGCAAAAGUAUUUAAUAUGUAUAUCUGGGUGUUCUCAAUUCGUUAUAAACCAUCGUUAGGCAGACAUUGUUGCGACACGGUCGCAUAACAGACGUGCCUUAAAAUUUCAAAGACGAAUUGGUUCACGAAGAACGUGUCUGCCGUCUCCUUAUCGUGUUCUUUAUGUUCCGCAGGUGCAAAAGUAUGAAUUAUGAACGUAUAUAUUGUUUUAAGUAUACACGCGAGAAAUGACUGCAUAUAUUUCAUAUCAGUUGGAAAUGUUAAAAGCUGUAUUUAUUCUCGUGUGACAUUACUAAAAUGUCGCGGUAUGCAGGUAUUUUUUAUAUCUGCAAAUAUUCCCUUUUCCCGCAUUUUGAGUAUUGUUUGCUUAAUGCCGCGGAUAAUUCUAUUUGUGCAAAUUAAAUACAAUUUGCGCGCGUGAUUCUUUAACAAUCGUAUCGUAUUCUAUAAAACUGCAAACAAUGUUUUCGAGAUAUGACAAUAAGUAGACGUCCAAUUCUUAGAACCGAUAUAUUUUUACAAACUUCUUUUUUAUACGCUUGUAUAUUCUUCGUGAUUUAGUCUGCGAUCUUUUUCAAAAAGGUAUGAAUAAUCUCACAAGUGAAUAAUUGAAAGGAUUUGCCAUUAUGACACAAAUGUUUGUGUUGAGUCUAUGAAAGCGCGAUAACGCGCGUUAUAUCAGCGACGCAGUAUAUCAUGAAUGUAUUAUUGCAUCUCUUCGUCGAAUUUUUGCAGUCGUGAUCAGCUUUCGUGCAGUGUUACACACGUAGGAGCGUGAUAAAAACCCCUUACCGCGUGAUAACAUGAGUGCCACCGAAUAAUACCAUAUUUUCGCCGUUACUCUUCAUAGCAACGAGAAAGAAAUGCGUUUUAAAUUUUGUUUGUAAAAACACGUCUACACAUAAUUCACAAUAUCUCAUGGCAAAAAUAACGAACGCGGUGUGUCGUAAAAUAGACGAGGCAGAAAAAUGCGAGCCACAUAGAUCAUACGGAUCGGAAAAGUUAUGCAAGUACAGACACGAGAAUACGCAAAUAGUAAAUAAAGCCGUUCUCGCGGAUAUUUUUCACCCGUCUUCGCGCGACAGCCGUUGUGCGUAAAGUCGACCAUUUACUUAUCUACCGCUACCGUGUGCGAGGUGCGAAACCGGGUUAAGGUUGAACCAUGUAAGCGAACGGGUAACCAUGUAACUAUCGCACCGCCGUCCCGCAAAGCCAUUGACGUAGGAGUCGCGACCGUUUUCUGACCGUUUCACGGGGGUCCGACACGAAUACGAGGCCCCGGACGCAUGCAUGUGUAAAUAUAGAAGAGAUCCGUCACGCACGCGUGCGGUCUGGGGUGACCGUUCGAUAAAAUGCAAAAUGCACGAAAGCACAGACGGAUCGAUCCACCAACGGCCGGGAAGUACGUACGACAGUAUGUUCACUUGACUUCUUGGGCACGGCAAAAAGUGAAAAGUGUAUCAACGAAUGUUUCUUUUAGAUGGUCAUCGGUGCAAUCGUUCUUCAGUAAAACAGCUCGCGUUGGCGUGCAACAGUUAACGCUGGAAUUCGACGCCGUUAGCGGGCCUGUGUCCACGAUGCUAAAACUUGGUCCAAGCCAUAGCCAAAUCGACUUGCAGCUUUUAUGGAACGGUAGAUAUGCUAUGUCUCUGGAGGAAUCACGGAGAUCGCAACGUCCGUAUCGGUACGGGAUGGUCCUGCUAUGCGUUGGGGCUCUUAUCAACUGGUUGGGCCUAGCGGAGAACUACGUUGAGCCGGUGCGUUACGUCGGCGUCGCCUGCAUAGUCGCCGGGGCUCUCCUCAUUUGCGCCGCGAUGUGCUGCUGGCUGCACGCACCGCCGACCAGGACGAGCACGCACACGCAACACACGAACCAUCCGAUCACGGCACAGAUCGAUGACCCGAUCCACGUGAUUUCCAUCGAGGAACCGCCUGGCGUGUCGAGGCAGAAGCCGCCGGAUUACGAGGCGGUGACGGACGCGCCACCGAGCUACGAUGACGCUAUCAAGCUAAAUCCUAGUCAAUUAAUCAGACUGAGUAAUGGCGGCACGCCGCCGUUAUCCUCAGGACAAGUCAUCCCGACGACCAUCAGUAUCGUCUCUCCAACUCUAACGCCGCCACCGCCGUACGCGAGGUGAGACUACAGCGCUGAAGAUAGAGACCAAUGAAUACGCAGGUCUGCGAACGUGGAUUGCAGGAUCGACGUAUACCAUUGUCAAAUGCGAAGAGCGAUCGCGUCUGUGGACCACGAAUAAUACGACAAUUCCGUUGUAUACUCUCGUCGUUACGAGAUGUGAGAGGGGCGAGUGGAAGUUGAACCAUUCAAAGGUUGCUCAACAUUUUCCACGAGCAAGAAUCGAAAGAGGAUCUCUUCGCGACGCCUUAGAUAACGACUGCUUAGAUUAUUAUCUAUUAGACACUGCGAACCGUCGGCACCGACAUUGCUUAGUACGAUUAACUCUUCCUUUGUAACAACGUCACUGCGACGACGUCCCGCCGCGUUCCAGGAAGUCGUUGAACGCAGCCCGCUUUGAUCGCGGCCGAUAUUCGAGCUUACUCGACGCGGCCCGGAGAUUCGCGGCUACUCUCGAAUUACUUCACGAUUCCGAGCUUCGCUUUUUCAUCCGUCGAAAGUGUCGGAUCUCACGGAAUCGCGCGCAUCUGAGAAAAUGGAAGUGCACGAAGGGGCGAUACGUAUCGCGCUCCUUUCUCAUUUUCGAUGUAAUCCAACGAUCGUCUCAGCGAGAAUUCAUCCGCGAUGGAUUAUGUCACAGAGUCCGCGAUUUCUAUCAACGCUAUUUGCCGGGCCGGUUCUGUAACCGCGAGAAUGAAGCUGACGACUUCUGGCCGUUCCGUUCGGCUCGCGGUUCAUUUAAUUUCGACGACUCGAGUCGCGCCUAACCGAUGCCGAUCUGCAGAAACGGUGGUCUCUUAAAAUUAAUUGACGGAGCAAACACGUGUUUUCUAGAAUAUGCAUUUUUAAUUCAUCUCAUUAUGUUCGCGCGCUAUUUGAAAAGUGACGCGGGGGCAAAUUGAAGGUGGGGGGGGAUCACGCUAAAGCACGUAAAUCGUAUCGAUUUAUCCUCAUAUAAUAUAAUAUUUAAGAUUCGCCGUGUCCAAGUAUUUGACCCGCGUCACCCUCCAAGUAAGCAGCUCGACUGUUCACCAUUCGGUCACCCGCGUGACUUUGUUUUUAUAUCGCGAUGGGAAAUGCCCGCGACAGAUUUUCUCACUCCGGGACACUGUCGGGGCCGCGACGCGCAUCCGAAGAGGAGGCGCGUCCCACGAUGAUCCCGGCGAGGAAUCACAGUAAUAGAGCAUUUAGCGCGCAGCGAGCUCAGCUGCGCGUAUAAUUUACUGAAGAAUGAUCUUCUGCCAUAUCAUUUCAGUGUCUGUCUCUUUAAAUACGCACACACGCGCGCACAGCACACUCAUGCGAAAGCCAUUCGCACGUCCAUUUUAUUGUGAUAUAUACUAUUAUACAUAUAUACGUGUAGAUAUUACGAAGCAACACUGUCGAAUGCAAUGGCGAUGCUUGUAAAAUAAGACUUUUUUUUAUAUCGAAAGUGCAAAUACAAAAUACGAGAUUUUUCUACGGCAAAUUUCUCCCUA